AUGUUGGGUCCUAAGUCGGAAAUAGCUAUUGGGAAGUAUGGAUCUCAAAUUCCAAAAGUGUUUCUCCCAUACAUCUCGAAGAUAAAGGAUGUGAAACCAGAUGGUCACUAUGGGUUUCGAUCGGUAGCUGUGGGGUUAGCACAGAAACAAGGAAAGUAUAUGAGUAUCUGGCGACAACUUUUGUUGGAGAUGCGUCGAAACGAGGGUAUUUGGAGGCAAGUCUUCGAUCCUGAAAAUGUAGGACAAUAUGAUGAGCUGUACAACAGGAUAUAUUUUGGGGGAGUGGGUAGGGAAGGGCCCAAAAAUUAUAUGCUGAUUGUUCACACGUUGCACAUUCGUGGCAGCAACACAAUUUUCCCUUUGUUGGGUGGUCCGGAUGACGCUGAGGAGCCUCAUCAAGUGGUUGUGGUUGUGUUCGUCGACAGUGGACAUUUCAUCUAUGUAACACUUGAAGGUUCCUACCCAAUGCCUCCCACGAACUUAAUUUGGAAUUCAAAAUAA